AUGGACCUCUGCUGGCUGGCCUUCCUGCUUCUGGCCACGACUACGGUGCCGCUGGAUGCUGCCAAACGCUUUCGUGACGUGCUGAGCAAUGAAACACCUUCCAGUUUCACGAGGGAGCACAACCAGUUAGACGGCUGGUCUUCAGAUGAAAACGAAUGGAAUGAGAAACUCUACCCAGUAUGGAAGAAGGGAGACUCAAGAUGGAAAAACUCCUGGAAAGGAGGCCAUGUGCAGGCGUCUCUGACCAGUGACUCACCGGCUCUGGUGGGUUCCACCAUCACCUUUGUGGUGACCCUGGUAUUUCCCAGAUGCCAAAAGGAAGACGCUGAUGGCAACAUCGUUUAUGAGAAGAACUGCAGAAACGAGACGGGCCCCACCCCGGACCCCUAUGUGUACAACUGGACGGCGUGGGCAGACGAUGGGGACUGGGCAAACGACACCGGCCGCGGCCAUCACCACGUGUUCCCCGACGGGAGGCCUUUCCCUCACCCGCCAGGAUGGAGGAAACAGAAUUUCAUCUACAUUUUUCACACUUUUGGUCAGUAUUUCCAGAAAAAGGGCCGGUGUUCAGCAAGCAUCUCUGUAAACACAGCCAACAUAACACCCGGCCCUCAGCUGAUGGAAGUGAUUGUCUACAGGAGACAGUGGCGCACCUACGUCCCCGUCGCCAAGGUGAAAGAUGUCUACAUGGUCACAGAUCAAAUUCCUGUAUUUGUGACUAUGUCCCAGAAGAACAAUAGAAAUGCAUCAGAUGAAACCUUCCUCAGGGACCUUCCCAUCGUCUUCGAUGUCCUGAUUCAUGAUCCCAGCCACUUCCUCAAUGAGUCUACCCUUUACUACAAGUGGAAGUUUGGGGAUAACACGAGCCUGCUGGUUUCCCAGGAUCACACUUUGAAUCACACAUACAUGCUCAACGGGACCUUCAACCUCAACCUCACCGUGCAGGCCACAGUACCAGGGCCUUGUCCGCCCCCUUCCCCGGAGCCACCGAAUGCCACCACCCCAGGUUAGUCAACUACUCUAAACUCUUAUUAUUUGAACCCUCCAGUGCCUUUUGGGGAUAGUCCCCCAGAGCUAGCGGAGACCCCCAGCGACAGCUGCCAGGUGAACAGAUACGGCUACUUUGAAGCUGUGCUGGCCAUUGUCGAGGGAAUUCUCCAGGUCAACAUCGUCCAGAUGACGCAUGUUACAGAGUCCGUGCCGCAGCCUGAGCCUGAUGAUGCCAUGAUGGAUUUUGUCAUAACCUGCCAAGGGGCGGCCCCCACGGAGGUCUGCACCAUCAUUUCCGACCCUGCCUGCCAGACAGCCCAGAACACAGUUUGCAACUCUGUGGCCGCCAGCCUGGAUGACUCGUGCUUGUUGACUGUGAGGAGAGCCUUCCACAGCUCUGGAAUGUUCUGCAUGAACCUCACUCUGGGUAAUGGUGAGAGCCUGGCCCUCACCAGCACCCUCGUCUCUGUGCCGGUUAGAGCCCCAGCCUCCCCGUUAAGAACGACAAAUGGUGUCCUGGUCUCUGUUGGCUGCGUGGCUGUAUUUGUCACAGUGAUCACCUUCUUUAUGUACAAAAAACACAAGGAAUACAGACCAAUAGAAAGCAGCACCAGCAUCGUGGUCAAAGGCAGAGGCCUGAACGUCUUCCUCCACCGUGCUAAGGCCGUGUUUCUUCCCAGGAGCCAGGAGAAAGAUCCUCUGCUCAGGAACCAGUCAGCCAGCCCCUAAGUCCUGCUUCUGUCUCCCUCAGCACCUCCAGCACCGCUUAUGAGAGCUGCGCCAGAAGGGCUGAUGGUUCACUUUCCCCCUAAAGAUGCUUGUAAA